AUGGAAAAAAAACCUUAUCACUGGCUUCUUAAAUUAUUAUCGGGCAAUUCUACAAGCUUAAAAAUCCUAGAAACCAUUUUAAUCGCUGACUCAAAACCUUCAUCAAUUCAUUUUAGAGAUAAUAGUUAUGGAUUGGGGGUUUCAUUUCAGCACACACAGACAAUUUUAGAAUUUUUCAAUAAAAUGUAUAAAGAAUUCCUCUGACGUCAAAAAAUUAGAAAUUCUGGGUCACUUGUCUGCUAUUUCAUAUCAAAAAAUGAGAGAAGAAAGAUAUAUGAAAGAGAUUUAAAAGAUAUAAUAUCGGGGGUUACAACUGCGCAGGUUAUACAUUACAUUCAACCAGCAAGGCCAAACUCAGACAUAUAUGAGGUUAUUUAUAACUUCAGAAUUGAAUAUACACAACAAGGCUAUGUGAGCUCGCUUAAUAAGAUUUUUUCAGAUAAAACGGUUAAAGAAAAUGACCCUCAAAUUUUCAAUAUUGUCUGUGAUUUUGCAUUAACCAUUUUGACUUUAGUUGAAAAAUCUGAAUUCAAAAGAGUCAUGAUUCUAGAGCUGGAAUUCAUUGAGAGAGAGAGAUUAGUUAGAGAGGUUAAGCGGGUAUUCUUUCAGCCCCUAGCCAGUCGGACUUCAGCUUCGUGCUUCAUGUGGCACUAAGCACUAAAGCCACCUAACGCCCUUUUCUGUCGACGUCAUCAAAAAUGGUGACGUCGACAUCUUUCGGGGAGACUCACCCGAACCUGCUUGGGCCAAAAUUUUCAGCAAAGGACUCUCUUAACCCCUGGUAGUGCUCAGGGUAUGAGGGAAACGUCCAAAGCCUCCUUCUGGAACUACCUCCGCCAUUUACAGGCAGCAUAAUGCUCCUCCAGAAGUGCCUGAUUGGCAUUGCGCCGUCGGUCUUCUCGUCUGUGGGUCGAGGGGAGGCCCAGUCAGCCCAAGCCGCCGCCCACCCGGAAAAGUCGCCUUCAUCCAACUCCGUGGCCCUCUGAGUCCGAGAUUUUUGUGCUCAGCCUCAGAAUCUGGUUUCUUUUUCUUCUGUUGGGACAAUGGACAUUCGCCCAAUGAUGGCGAAAAUGGAAUUCAUUGAAGAUAUUGAUAAAAAUAUUUGGCUAGCUUUUGCCAAAGAAAUACAAAUUGCAAAACCAGAAGUUUGCUUGACAAAAACAAUAAAGGACCCAUCAGACUUAUGAACAAUUCCAUUAAAAAAACAUCCAAAAUACAUUUUAGGGAGAAAUUUAAUUAAUUUUGAUGAUUCGAAAUCGUUGGAUGAGGAGGAUGAAAGAUAUGUAAAUAAAAGAGGGCAUUUGAGAAAUAAAGAAAGCAACUUAAAUAUCCCAAUAAAAAUAUUACGGCCAGAUGAGUUUAAAAGAUCUGGUACACCUGACAACAAUAUUUAUUCGGAAGAGAUCCGAAAAGAAGCUUUAGCAAAAGAGCAUAGCGCGAAUACUCCUAAAUCUGAAAGAAAAAUCAAUCAUGAGCUUAUCCAGAACGCAAAAAGGCUAGAAGCUAAAAAAAAAUUAGCAUUGUAUUUAGAGCUCAGUAAAUACCCAGAGCUUCGAGCAAAACUACGAAAGAAAGGACUAUAUGAAGAUUAUUUGACGCCUAAAGCAAAUAGCAAAGGGAUCAUGCAAAAAAUAAAGUCUGAAACAAACAUUUUUAGUGACUCUAAUAAUCAACUCACUUUGUCACCUAUCGAGCACGAUAAGUUAGGUUUAAAAAUCCAUAAGGCAGGCUUUAAAAUUGCAUCGAGGCCAUAUAGAAAUACACAUAAAAACAGAUUAAAAGCUUCCAAGAAAAACAGUUCCCACCUUCUUACUAGAGUUAAUGUCAGCCCAGUGCCCUCACAACUUGUGCUGGGAGAAAUGAAAGUAAGAAAAAAUAAAAAAAGCUUGACACAAAAAAUAGAUCUUGACCAAUUACCCUUACCUAAUUUACUUGACAAAAUGAAGACAAUAGGAAAUCCAUUUAUGCUAGCUGAAGAUGCUGCUGUGUAA